GAUUAGUACACUAGCGAGGCUCUUCUACAAUGCCGUACUGGGUUAAGCACUACAAGAGGAGAGAUGAACCAAGAGACUCUGUCCUUAUUCAAACCAUCCCUAUAAACUCUACAGCUUGCUCCCUCGAGCUUUUGUGUACGAAACAAGAAAGCACUUUCCCACCUUCUCUAAGCAAUCUCCUGCCCUCUCCCCGGCCCUCCCUUCAACAACCAGCAGCAGCAACAGCCUCACCUCCUAAUCAAGCAAUAGAUGAACGAACCCAUGUAUUGCUACUGUCCCGUAGGGAACAAACGACUCUUGAUGGAGGCAGAACACUCAAGCUAUAUUCUUCUAAGACUAGGAGCAAAGCAGAGACGGCCCUUCACACCAUUACGUGUAUACUCGAGUCAUUAGCACCAGCUCUUGAUCUCUGUCUCUCCACUGACCUCCUCUCAUUAUUAUUAUUACCAUCUCCAAGAAGAAUCGAGGAAUUACCAUCUCUAGUAGCUCAAUAUGCUGUGAGUGCUAAACAAAACCAGCAAGAGCUCUUCUCACUAGCCAGACUACACAUUAACAAUCAGUCCAUUCUUUACUUGAUGUGUGAGCUGACCUCAAUGAAGAUACUCAACGACUUGCAAACUAACGAAAUCGAAUUCGAUGUGUGUCAUCCUGUUACCGGGGCAACGCUCGUUCACAUGGCAACGCUACUAGGCGACGAAAAAUUAAGCGACACAUUGAGAUACCUCAAGUCAUCAAUGAGCUCUGAGGAUUAUUACAAAUAUAUUAACAGAACUUGUAAAUAUGAAUAUAUCACGACAGGAGGAGGAGGAGGAGGUAAUGGAGGAGGAACUAAUGUCACUAAUGGAACUGAUGGUUUGCUAUCAGUUGAUAAGUUGCUAAGAAGGAGUAGCUCACCAUCAAACGAUUCCCUAAAGCUAGGAGACAUCACUCCAUUAAUGACAGCAGUGAAGAGGAACAAUGUUAGGACAGCACACUAUCUACUAGUAUCUGGAGCUGAUCCAAACUACCAAGAACCACUCAAUGGCAUGACUCCAUUACACAUUGCUGCACACAUACCUAAUGUAGCAAUACUGAAGCUAUUACUGUCAUUUGAAGCAGAUAUUUUUGCUACUAACAAAGCAGGCAAGACACCAUUAGACAUUGCAAAGGACAGUAAUAGUGAAGACUGUAUUGCUGUCAUGGAAAAGGUAGCAGCCUUGAGAGAUAAAAGGAAAGAGAUUCGUAGCUCAAAGAUGACAGUAGUAGAAGGACCUGGCAAUGACUCUGUGGCAUUAUUAUCAAUGGAUGGUGGGGGAACAAGAGGAUCUACUUGCUGUUACACACUUUAUUAUAUUGAGCAAAGAAUGAGAGAGAUAGCAAGAAGUAGAGGAGAAGAGGGAACAGAGACGACCAUUAGUCCUGAGGAUAUUCACAUUAGACGUUAUUUCGACUGGUAUGCUGGUACUAGCAUAGGAUCGUUAUUUACUAAUAUGAUGGCUUAUAAGGAUGGAGAUUCCAACUAUGUGAUGUCUUCGCUGGUCAAUAGCAGAAUAGAAGCUUUCUCUAGCAGUAGGAUAUAUGAUGGGCCCACACAAGAGAGGAUUAGUAGAAGGUUAGUUGGAGACAGAGAUAUGAGGAGUAUAUCGAAUCCAAAAGUUUUAAUAACGACCACACAAGCAGAUCUGCAUCCACCACAGCUAAUAUGCAUCACUAAUUACAGGGAGGAUCCUGGGAAUGGAAGGAAUUGGAAAGCAUGGGAAGCAACCAGAGCCUCCAGUUCAGCUCCUUUAUUCUUCCCCUCGUUUGAAGGACGCUACGUCGAUGGCGGGAUCUUAGCUGUAAACCCAACCCAACAUGCUCUUCAUGAUAUACAUGUUUACGAUAAUCGUAAGAUUGGGCUAGUACUCUCGCUGGGUACUGGAGUAUUUAAACCAGCUCUCAGUGAUACAGGCCUUGAUGUUAUGAAGCCACGCCUCUCUCACUUUAUUUCCGAUAUACACAGCGACAUAAAGUUUGUAAAGAGCCUGUUAAGAAUGCUAACGGCUAACAUAGUGAAUCCCACUGACAGUGUGUUACAUUCUAAGGCAUGGUGUGAAUCCACAGGUGCUAUUUUCCAUCGUCUCUCUCCUCCUUUAUCUGUUAGACAUGAGCUGGAUGAGAAGAGUGAUGAGGCUUUUGUCCUCUUCUUUUAUGAGACCUAUCUUUAUCUACUGGAGUCUGAAGAUGCCAUUAGUAAAAUAUCGUACCAGUUAUUGGACCAUGGGCCAAGAUGGAGGAGAGAGGAGGAGGAUGAAACAGAUGGAGAAACGAAAAACAAAAUGGCUCAUGGAAAGAAGUUUAAAUCAACUUGGGUGUAAUGAUUUAUAUAAUAAUAGUAACUUGUUUAUUAAAUUUUUUUAGUUACAGGUAUUUAUAUAUA